AUUCUUGAUAGACACAGUUAUAAGUGAGGUGUCGGGUUCUAUAUAAACACAUUUCGCCGUAGGACAGUUUAGAUUUCAAACUCUAACAGAAAUAUGAAGUUGUGCUUUCUCACGUUCACUGUACUGUUGGACUGCAUAUAUGGGACACUUGGGUGCACCUGCGUACAAACGGAUCCACAGGAAUUAUACUGUGAAUCUACAGUCGCCUUCAUUGCUAGAGUAACAAACAUGACCUAUGGUGAAGGGAUCCCUGGUAUUACAGCGGCACAGUUCUACGAUGUCGAGGUAUCCCAUGUCUAUAAAGGAGAUGUUGCUAUGGGUACCUUUAGGGUUUAUUCCAAGGGCCCAGAAAGUUUAUGCGGUGUGGAUUUGGACGUAAACAAGGUCUACCUGUUAAAUGGCCAUAUAUCUGGUGGGGCUCUGCAGCUUGGGUUAUGUGAUUUGAUGAACAUGUGGCCUCUGAAUGACCCCGACUCGGUGUUUCCCUUGGAAACCUACUAUGACUGUAGAUGUAAGCAAGUGCCUGGGUAUUAUUCCAGAAGACCAAAGAACAUCUGUGUUUACAGUGAGAGAUUUGAUUGCCCCUCGGAGUCUGGCUCCCUUGGGGACCAGGCCGAGUGCCGCUACAGUGACCUGGUGGAUGACUGUGAGUGGCAAUGCUAGUCAAGAGCUGGGUCGGCCGGAGAGGUUUCAGAUCGAUUCGUUUCAAGACAUGUACAUAUUCGUCUGAAAUGACAUAAGUAAUAAACUGAAAAUUGCAUUAUGUAA